GUGCAAUACGAAAGAUAUGUCCCUGUAAGCUUUCUUAUGACGUGUGAGUAUGGAGCUCUACAAGACUUUGAACCAUUUGGCCAUUUGGCACGAUAUGCCUUAAUCAUUCUUGAUUAUUGUGAAGCUGUCAUGUUCCACGAAACAUGUUGCUUGGAUCAGGUUGUGAAUACAGAAAAUCUCACUGCAUCAAUUGAAUAUGAAAACGAAAUCUUUGCUGAAGAACUCGUUGAAAAUAAAAUUAACCAAAGGUGUUAUCCAUUUACCACGUGCAAACCUGCAAUGAGUGUUCUUCCUGUUAAGAAAAACGCAAGAAUAGAAAUCGAUUCAAUGAGUAUUCCGUACGAAGAAAUCGAAGAUACAUUAGAUGAUUUUGACUCGCGAACUUUAAGUUUACAACUAUUGGAAAUAGAAAAAAGUAUCUUAGAAGAAAGAUACGACAUUUUUGAACAAACUGUUACAAACGUGAGUAAUAUUCCAUUUGAACAUUCAGAAAGAUUUACUUUUUUGUCAACAGAUUCACACAGCACAAUAGAAAAAGCCCAUUCGUCAAGAAAAAUUCGCCAUUGCAAUAGCUUAGAAAAUUACAAUCGAAUUCAGGAAAUUCAGAACAUUUCAGUUGAAGAAUUUGAUUCCAGUCGGUGGAGGAAACAUUCAAGUCCCAAUAACAAAACAGAACUCACAGUCAAGGUUCCCCCGUGGUUACGGAAUGUCAGCCCGCGUUUUACCACGCAUGAUUCAGUGUUGAACGAAAAUACCCCUGGCAGCGAAAAUGAAAUUGUCAUCAACGAAAAAAGGGAUAUUCAGGGUGAUGCAUGUAAAUACGAGGUGAGAGAAAAAAGUGUGCGGGAGUUGCUAAAUUUAGCUGAAGAAGUAGAACGCCGCUUUACUGAGAAAACAGAACAAAUCGAAAGCCUUGAAAACCUUCUGCAAAGCGAACUCACCUCGUUAGAAAGUGAUUUGGCUGUUGUCAGCGAGAUCCAUCGAAGCUUAUGUAACGAAUCUGAUAUUUUACAACCUGUUGAUUUAUUUUCUGACAAAGUCUCAAAUAUGACGAUCGAAAGUGAGAAACAUGAUGUUGAUUUGAUUGAUUUUGAUAAAACAUUGGAAUGUACUGAACAGAAGAAAUCUAAUCAGGAAGAGUAUGCACCUGAAAUAAUUACGCAUUUGCAAAACAGAGUGGUUCAAAGUGGGAAUCGAACGAGACUCUAUUGCUCUAUAUCAGGAAAACCUGAUCCUCAAGUUGUUUGGUUGAAAAACGGUAAAAUUCUACCAAAAAGUACAAGGCAUAUAUUCAACAAUUUGAUGGAAUUCGGAUUUUAUAUUGAUAUCUAUAACGCAAUGUCUUCAGACAGUGGCAUGUAUACAUGCAUAGCAACAAAUUGCAACGGUGUUGCUCAGACUCAAGCUUAUCUCCGUGUUAUAGGAAAGCGAGAAUUUAGCCCAGAAGAACCCAAAUUUCUGAAAUCUCCUGGUGAUAUUAAAGUUAAUGUAGGUGAGACGGUUACACUAGAAUGGAAGAUAUCCGGAACGCCAGUUCCAAACGUCAUCUGGUUCAAAAAUGCUGAGAAAAUUGAAACAAGCUUAAAGUUAGAUGCCUUCAGCAAUCACAGGGGUUGUUGUCGACUAGUCUUGCACGAUGUUACUGCCGAGGAUUGCGCCAUUUACAGCUGUUACCUGGAAAACGAAGCUGGCUCUUCGGUGUCCACAGUUUUAGUUUCUGUUUCGGAUGGAACAAAUGAAUCUGCAAUUAUUCCAGACAACUCCGAUGUCGUAUUAAAUGUGAGAGAGAAGUGCUACAUUUUGGAUGACUUAGAUCUGAGUUUGUUAGAUCUUGAGGAAAGGUUACGAAAAGAAGCCUUGCUUUUGGAAUCUAUGCCAUUCAAGCGGACCAUGAACGAAGAACCGAAAGGUGUUCCACUCAUACCCGGCCGACCGUUUGCCCCAACUACUGUCAGCGUAGGAUGCACUUGGGCCAUCCUUUCUUGGACUGUUCCCCUCGACUACAGAGAAAGGGACUCCACCCUCAUUUAUCGGAUAGAGAAACGACGCCUCUCGAGCAACCGAUGGAAAGAAAUCGGACGGACCAAGAAUACCGUCUACACCGCACAUGGGCUGAAGAGUGGAAAAUCAUACGCCUUCCGGAUUUCUGCAGGCAACCGAGAAGGUUGGGGACCAGCAGCAACACUGCCACAUCCAGUCAAUUGCAGUUCGUGACUAACGGCCUGUUUUCACGCAUUGCUAGCACAACAUACUGAAUUUAUUUGCAAAGCUCUCUGUUUGUCCAUGUACAAAUCUUUAAUAAAAAAUGCUAUUCGAAAGUGUUAACUACUUGUAUAGUGCCUUCUUCUUUUUUUUUUUUUUUGUCUA